AUGCACCAAAGAAAGUAUGCUUUGGAACUUAUAGCUGAGGUUGGGAUGUCAGCAGCAAAGCCUGCAGGAACCCUUAUUGAUGUUAAUGUUAAGCUAACUUCAAAACAGUAUGAUGAACAUGAGAAAAGACACAGAGCUCUUGAAAAUCCUCUAGUAGAUCAGACAAUGUAUCAAAGGUUAAUUGGAAAACUGUUGUAUCUAAACAUGACAAGACCAGACUUGUCUUUCAACACACAGAACUUAAGCCAGUUCUUACAACAUCCAAAGAAAUCACACAUGGAUGUUGCCUUAAGAGUAGUGAGAUAUCUGAAAAAGCAACCUGGACAAGGGUUAUUGUUUUCCAACUCUUCUGAUGAAUUAGUUACUGCAUUUUGUGAUGCAGAUUGGGCUACCUGUCCACUUACCAGAAGAUCAGUAACAUGUUAUGUAGUUAAGAUAGGUAACUCCUUGGUUUCAUGGAAGGCAAAGAAUCAAACUAUAGUUUCCAAGAGCUCAACUGAAUACAUAAGUCUUGCCUCUACUGUUUCAGAGCUAAUUUGGUUACUUCGAUUACUUAAAGAAAUAAAAGUUGAAGUGGAGUUACCAGUACAAGUGUACAGUGACAGUAAAGCUGUCAUACAGAUUGCUGCAAAUCCAGUAUACCAUGAAAGAACAAAACAUAUUGAAAUUGAUUGCCAUUUCAUAAGGGAAAGAUUACAACAAGGCAUGAUCAAAGUUAACUACUUUUCUACACAAGAGUAG